AUGGCGUCCGCGUCGACGCGUCCGGGACCUCGCGCGACGCCUCGCGCGGGCGCGGACGUCCCGACGUUCGAGGCGGCGAUCGCGCGGUUACAACACUACUGGAGCUCGCGAGGAUGCGCGGUGGCGCUGCCGCACAACACCGAGGUGGGGGCGGGGACGAUGAACCCUUCGACGUUCCUCCGCGCGCUCGGCCCGGAGCCGUGGAAAGCGUGUUACCCCGAGCCGUCGGUGCGACCGGAUGACUCGCGAUAUGGAACGAACCCGAACCGGGUGCAAAAGCACACGCAGUUUCAGGUUAUUUUGAAACCCGCGCCGAGUGACGCGCAGGAGAUGUAUCUGGGCUCGCUCGAGGCGCUGGGGAUCGACACGGCGGCGCACGACGUGCGCUUCGUGGAGGAUAACUGGGAGUCCCCAGUCUUGGGGGCGUGGGGAUUAGGGUGGGAGGUGUGGAUGGAUGGGAUGGAGGUGACGCAGUUUACGUAUUUUCAACAGUGCGGAUCGCUCAAAGUGUCGCCGGUGGCGGUGGAGAUUACGUACGGGCUCGAGCGGAUUUUAAUGGCGCUUCAAGGCGUCGAUCACUUCAAGGACAUCGCGUACAACGACGCGAUGACGUACGGGGAAAUGCGCAUGCAGGAAGAGUACGAAAUGUCCGUGUUUAACCUCGACGCGGCGAGCGUGGAGACGCAUCGACGACGCUUCGAGUUGGCUGACGCCGAGGCGACGCGCAUGCUCGACGCGCGCCUGCCGUUGCCCGCGUUUGACAAUUUGUUAAAGGCAUCGCACGCCUUUAACGUCCUCGACGCUCGAGGCGCCGUGGGCGUCACCGAACGGCAAAAGCUCUUCGCCUCCAUGCGUCGCCUCGCUCGGGAGACGGCACAGCUUUGGGUCGCUCGGAGAGAGGAGCUGGGAUAUCCGCUGGGUUUGCCCGAGGCGACGCCGGGGACGUCCUCGAUCGAGACCACGGGAGCCGCGCCCACGAUGGCGGCGGAUUGCCUCAUCGAGCUCGGUACCGAGGAAUUGCCACCGCAAGACGUCGCGAGCGCGGCGCGACAGUUGUUCGACGCCGUCGACGCCGCGCUCGCGGCGGCGGGAUUGACGCACGAGGGCGUCUGCGUGGGAUCGACGCCUCGCCGGUUCGCGAUUGACAUCAAGGCUUUGAGUCCGGGACAACCCGACGUGGAAGAGCGCGUGCGCGGACCUCCUCUGAGCCGUGCGUUCGAAGACGACGGCGUGACCCCGUCCAAGGCUGCGAUGGGAUUCUGUAAGAAGAACGGCGUCGACGCGAGCGCGUUGGAGCGGGACGGCGACUACGUCUGGGCCGUCGUGAAAAAGGAGGGCCGAUCAGCCUCGGCCGUGCUCGAGGACGUCUUACCGAAGAUUAUCGCCGGUAUAACGUUUCCUCGAACGAUGCGGUGGGCCGCGAACUCCGAAGCCGCCUUCUCGCGACCGCUUCGUUGGCUCGUCGGAGCGCACGGCGACCGCCAUCUCGCGUUUGAAGCGCUCGGCGUGCACAGCGGCACGACGACGCGCCUUUUGCGCACGCGGGGUGACGUCACGGACGUCCACACCGUCGCGAACGCGGCGGCGUAUCACGCGCUCCUGGAGAAGGAGGGCAUCGUCGUGAACUUUGAGGAUCGAAUGUCGCGAAUUUGGAGCGACGCGCGCGCGGCGGCGAAAUCCGUCGGCGGCGACGUCCCGGAGAGCUCUCGCGAGGGCCUCCUCGAGGAGGUGGCCAACCUCGUGGAAGCGCCGACCGUGAUCACGGGGGACUUCGACGAGGCAUUUUUGUCGCUUCCAAAGGAAGUGCUCGUGAUGGUGAUGCGCAAGCAUCAACGAUAUUUCCCCGUGGAGAACGCCGACGGUUCGCUCAAGCCGCACUUCGUCACCUUUGCCAACGGACCGUGCGACGAGGGCGUGGUGAAGCACGGGAACGAGUCCGUACUUCGAGCGCGUUACGAGGACGCAAAGUUCUUCUACGAAUCCGAUCUGAAGAAGAAGCUCGCCGAUUUCAAGCCCGAGCUCAGCGGCAUCACGUUCCAGCAGGAGCUCGGAAACAUGUUGGAGAAGACGCGGCGAGUCGAGGGACUGGUUUCCGACGUCGCCGCCGUGCUCGGGUACGACUCCGCGGUCGUCGCGACGGCCACGCAUGCCGCGGGCUUAGCUCGCGCGGAUUUGGCGUCGUCCAUGGUGAUGGAGCUCACCGCGUUGGCGGGGACGAUGGGUCGACACUACGCGCGCGAGGAAGGCUUGCCCGCGGAUGUGAGCGAAGCAAUCUUCGAGGCGUGCCUCCCGCGGAGUGCCGGAGACUUGCUCCCGAAGACGCCGGCGGGAAUCACAGUGGCCGUCACCGACCGCCUCGACACCCUCGUCGGCUUGUUCGCCGUCGUCGGAGGACCAAAGGCGUCCGCCGAUCCGUUUGGCCUCCGCCGAGCGGCGUACGGGUUGGUUCAGACGCUCGUCGCGUCGGGGGCGACGUGCGAUAUGCGAUCCCUCGUCGAGAUCGCCGCGACGAAGCAACCCGUGCCGGUUUCCAACGAGCGCGUCGAUGAAUGCGUCACCUUUAUCACGCGCCGUCUCGAGCAGUUGUUCAUCGACGCCGGGAACGACGUCGAGCGCGUGCGCGCCGUGCUCAAGGAGCGAGGGAAUAACCCCGCGUUGGCGAGCGCCUCGGUCGCUCAGCUCGUGUCCGCGGAUGAAAAGUCGCUCGAGACGUGUAUGCGCGUACUCAGCCGACCUACGCGCUUGGUCCGGGGUAAGAUGGAAGAUGGUACGGAUUUGACCAUCAACGAGGCGAGCUUUGAGUGCGACGAAGAGCGCGCGCUUCACGCCGCGUACGUCGCCGCGCGCGCGAAAAUCACCGAGGGAUGCUCGGUCACCGACUUGAUCGCCGCCGUGUGCGAGAUGGACGAUGCGUCCACCGCCUUCUUCGAUAAGGUUUUCGUCAUGGCGGAAGAUCCAGAGCUGAAGCGCAACCGCGUGGCCAUGUGCGCCGCGGUGGCGCGUCUGCCCGCCGGGGUGCUCGACUUUGGCGAGCUCCCGGGUGGUCUUUAA